AUGGAGGCCAAGGUCUAUUGGAUCGACGUCUCCUUAAAGAAGAUCCAAAGGGCCAAUGUCGAUGGUUCUUGUGUCGAGGACGUGGUCAGUGACCUUCCCAGCCCCUCGGCUCUGGCCCUGCAACCGGGUGCGAAGUGUCAGCUGCUGUGGAGCGAUCUGCAGCUGCGGCGUGUGCUGCGGCGCAGCGCGGAGCCAGGGGAGGAAGAGGUGGAGGUGCUGGUGGAAGGUUUGACGGCUCCCACUGGGAGCAGCCUCACGUUAGAUGGCCCCCGGAUUCUCUGGCCGGAUCUAUCACUCAAACAAAUCUGCGUCGCGGAGCCGGGGGGCGAAGCCAAGGCCUUGGUGAAAAAUUUGCAGAGCCCCAACAGUGUGGCGGUGGGCGAUGGACAGGUCUAUUGGGGCGACUUUGGCACGCGGAAGAUUCACAAGCUGAGCACUUCGGGUGGGUCCAACGAAGUGAUCGCUCCUUACGGCAAGAACUCCACAAGUCUGGUGGUGGACACGGCGCGCGGGAAGCUCUACUGGACCAACUUUGGGACCAACGCCAUCUACCGGGCCAACCUGGACGGUCGAGACAUGCAGCCUCUCAUCACCGACUUGGAAAGCCCCAGUGCUCUUGCGUUAGCCUCCAAAGCGGGGAAACUCUAUUGGUUAGAGCGGCCCAGAGGCAAGCUGCGGCGUGCCAGCGUUGAGGGGUCACAGGUUGAGGAUGUACUCAGCAAUCUGCCGGACCCCUGGGCCCUGGCAGUCCUGGACGUGGGCGAGGCCCAAGUGGUGCCGAUUGAAAAGUACUCCUGGACCGAUGAAGGAGAAGUGCUGAAGGUCUACAUCAGCGAAAGUUCCAAUCCCGCUGCCGUCGCCGCAGCUGGGUCUGCUGGAUGCCUCCUUUCGGUCGACUUUCAGCCUCGAGGCUUUACACUGACGGUUCGUUCCGAUGGCCCACAGUUCCAGUUGAGGAUCCUGGGCCUUCUGCAGGAGGUGCUGCCUGAGAAGUGCAAGGUGCGGCUCAGUGUUGGUAAGCGCAUCACGCUUUCCCUGGCCAAGAAGGAUCCAAAAACCGCUUGGAGUGCCCUGUGCCAUCGAAGCUGA